AUGCAUCCCCGGGGAAAAUUUCUGGCCGGACAUUUGUCCGCAUUCUACAUCGCCCCCGCAACAACAGCCGCACUCAUUUCUAGAAAUCAUAACGAUUGGGCACAUCUUCAAUUGCUCAGGAGGACGCCGAGCUCCGAUGCGGGAACCAUGAAUCAGGUCCAUUUUGGCCGCACGUCGGCACGACGCCGCAACGCUAUGAUUCUGGAAAACAACAGUGGCGAUGGAGACGACGAAGACCGACCGAAAGAGGGUGAGGAGCGUGUCGGCGGACGGUCGCGAGUGUUCAUGGCUACGCCAUUUCACCCUCACCAUAAGGAACGAUUGUUCUCGGUUUCGAAAGGAUUCCUCGCCAAUCUCCGUUUGGCACUAUUCCAUCUGGUGCUAAUCUUUGCCACUGUCGCCUACAUCAUCGCCGGCGCCUACCUUUUCACGAAAAUCGAGCAUCAAGCAGAGCUGGACAGAUAUCAGUCUUAUCAUUCGAUUUAUAAAAAUUUCGUGCAAAAUUUGAUUUAUGAUUCGUCCGGAAAUCGAUCGGUAUCCGAAGUGGAGAAUAUGAUUGAUGCGUUUACAUCGAUAAAUUUUCGAGCGUUUAAAGAUGGUCUGAAGCCUACUGACUUUCUGGUCCCACAAGAAACGAGCCGUUGGUCAAUGAUAUCCGCAAUAUUCUUCACUACUACAGUACUCACGUCGAUCGGUUACGGUAAUUUGAUUCCAAUUUCGACAGGCGGAAAAAUAUUUUGUGUUGGAUAUGCGAUUUUUGGAAUCCCCUUAACCCUUGUCACCAUUGCGGAUCUGGCAAAGUUCGUAGCUGAUAUGUUGAUAAUGGAUCCAACAGAAGACCCGAAAACCGGCAGACAACUUUUGGUUCUGGUCUUUUUACUUGGCUAUAUGACCAUUUCUGCAUGUGUCUACACAAUUCUGGAACCCAUGUGGUCAUUUUUAGAUUCUUUUUAUUUUUGCCUAGUUUCACUGCUCACUGUAGGCUUUGGCGAUUUAUAUCCAUCGGGUACUGUAGAAUACAUGUUAUGCUCAAUCGUUUUCAUUUUCAUUGGAUUGAUCCUAACAACGCUGGGUAUAUUUUUGAAUCUGAAAAAAAUUGAAAUCGAUAUUUCAGCCGUCGAUGUGAGUGGAUCUGUGGGAAUCGCAAAGAUGCACUCAAUUGGAAGAGGAUUCGAUGCGAUGAAAAUGUUGAAUGUGUUACGGUAG